AUCAGAGACGGUACCGAAGGCAUCUUGCAAAAAGCUUCACUUGUUGCUAGGAAACCGAACCUCUGCGUUACUUUUCUUACCAGCUUCCGGUGUAACUGUUGACACAAAGGCAGCUUAACGGCAACAAAAGAGCGAGGAGAAGUUGGAGCUAAAAUGUUUGGUGUUGCUCGCAGCCCGUUUUCUAGAAGCACACGCUGUUUCUGAGAGCAGAAGAAGAGACUUGGAGCCCCGGAUGUUUCACUUCCUGCUGCGAUGCAGAGUUCAGUCUGACAAGAAGAAGAAGAAGAAGAGGUUGAUGUGGAGGAGCAUCUCCUGGCUGUGACAGCAAAAUGAAGCUGCUUCAGCUGCUCUGCUUCCUCCAGCUGAGCUGGCUCUGUCCAGUUCUUCUUGAUGUUUUCACUCCAGACCCUCUGACAACAGAGACGCCUGAAGAGUUUGACUAUAAGCCUUACGUUCAUCACCUUGGCAGCACAUGCAGGUGGACUUUCAGGAUGUCUGGAGGCCGCAGGGGGAAGCCAGUUCCACUCCCACCUGAGUAUUUAGACAGUCUGACUAAGCAGAUCUGCCAGCAACUUGAAUGUGGAACAGUUCAUACUGUGAAGAAAACCACGGCACCUGCCAAAAGCAAGUGCUUCCAGGACUGUUUGCUCCGGGACUGGCGUCUGCAGAACUGCUUACAGAUGUUGACGGCAGGAUGCAUCGUGGCCACGGAAGUGAUCUGUGGUCAUCACUCUGUCCGGCUGAAGGGACAUGGGGACCAGUGUGCUGGGCGGGUGGAGGUAUGGAAGGACGGGACGUGGGGCACGGUGUGUGACGACAGAUUUGACCUGAGAGAAGCCAACGUGGUUUGCUCCCAGCUGGGCUGUGGCGGCGCUCUCAGGGUAACCGGUCAGAACGGAUUGUUCCCUCCAGGGAGCGGACCGAUCCACCUGGACGAGCUGAACUGCACCGGGAACGAGCAGAACCUGUGGUUCUGUCCGGGUGUCCAGGAAAAGUCUGACUGCGGACACAAAGAGGAUGCUGGUGUGGUGUGUUCAGUUUCUAAGGCGUCCUUCGGAGUCACCACACCAGCUCCUGCAGGAACCCCUUCUCCAGAACAUCUCUGCAUCAUUUCUCUGUCAGUUGCUGUGCUCGUUCUUGCCAUCCUGAAUUUGGUUCUCUGCUGCCUGUUCUGUCACUGCCACGAUUUGGGCGGUGAGGCCGGCGGCGCCGUCGGUUUCAGGAACCUGAUGAACGUGAAUCUGUGGUUGACAAAGUGGAAACAAAGAUUGACCAAAGCUUGAAGAAGCACCGAUUCUAAAAUUCUGAUUUAUACAUCACAGGUGAUGUGGAAUAAAUAUUAAUCAGAAAGUCCAGUUUAACAAUAAAUAAAAACA